AUGACGACGCCGUGCCGGACCAUAAACGCAAAUGCUAUCUCCGCGCCGUCGCCUUCGGGAUCGAUCUUCCACGGUUGUCGCAAUUUCGUCCCGAUUGAUAAAAGGCUAGUUAAAUCAAGCUAUCGUGGCUUGAAUCUUCCCACGAAGAGCUCGGCAGCAUGUAGUCUCAAGUCUCCGGGGCGAUUUCUCUCUUCGCGCGUGGCCUCUACCUCUGCGUCGGCGGCUGUGACAUCGAAUUCUACGAAUAGAUUCGAAGCUUUGGAAGAAGGGAUAGAGAAGGUAAUUUAUUCAUGUCGAUUCAUGGCGUUUCUUGGAACAUUGGGAUCUCUGUUCGGAUCGGUUAUAUGUUUCACCAAGGGAUGUAUGUAUGUUGCGGACUCGUUUGUGCAGUAUUCUGUGAAUCGUGGGAAAGUGAUACUACUUCUAGUAGAGGCUAUAGAUAUAUAUCUUCUAGGAACUGUGAUGUUGGUCUUUGGAAUGGGACUUUACGAGCUCUUCAUUAGCAAUCUCAACACUUCAGACUCGCAUUCACACGAUAAUGUUGCCAAUAGAUCGAGUCUCUUUGGCAUGUUCCCAUUAAAGGAGCGACCACAAUGGUUAGAGGUGAAAUCGGUAAGCCAGCUGAAAACGAAGCUGGGGCAUGUAAUAGUGAUGCUGCUGCUGAUUGGUUUGUUCGAUAAGAGCAGGAAAAUUGUUAUAACUUCAGUCACUGAUUUGCUUUGUAUCUCUGUUUCUAUCUUUCUUUCUUCGGCUUGUCUCUACUUGCUCUCUAGGCUCCAUGAAUGA